CAUCGUCGUCAUCGUCGUCAUCGUCAAAUGCGCGACGCUCGACGCUCGACAUAAGAGGAUAGUUAUCAUAGAACAAAUCUAAUAGUACGUAUUUUAACGGGGCGAAGUCUAAUUUACAAAUGUCGUUGAAAAAGAUUAUUAAUUAUUCUGUACGAUUAAGUAGUGCUACAUAACGGAUCUUUUAAUCCAGUUUAUCCGGUCUGAUCAACGUACACAUACCAUGUUUAAAUUAAAAACUUCAUGGAUAGGUAACUGUGAUAUACGCUCCUAUAUAUCGCAUCAAUUCUAGUAGAAUUAUAUUGUAAGAAAAUUACAUGCGUUUCCGAUAAAUUAUUAUUACAUCAUGGAGAAUCAUUCGCAGGAGAGUCAUGCAGUAGCAAAGACAGACGAUGAAGAAACUGUCGAGAAAAAGAUUACUCGUUUGGAAGCAGAAAAUAAUAAAAUGAGGGAAGAAUUUAAUGUGCAAAGAGCUAAAAUGAAAGAAUUAUUUCUUCAAAAGGAAGAAGAAUUAAAGAGAAGAUUAGAGGAUAAUGUACGCUUGCAAGAUGAAAAUGGAAAAUUAAAAAAUGAAUUGGAUGAAGCGAAAAGCCAAUUAGUUAUUUCAGAUUUAAAAUUACAAAAUGAUAUUUCCAUUGAAAGGCGGAAAGCACAAGAAGAAAUAGCAUCGUUGCAACAAGUUAUUCAUGAAACUGUUGAAGAGUCAUCGUGUGUGCGUAAACGACAGGAUACAGAAAUAUCUAAAUUAAAAUCAUCAAUUGUCAAGUUGCAAGAAGAAAAUGUAAUGUUAAAGUCACAAUUACCGCGUGAACCACAAUUGGAUGGGCCCCAAAUAUCAUUGUCAACAGUUAAAACAUUAGCUCGUAAGGUUGCAUCUCAACUAGGGGCGGAUGCUUUAUCCUUGGGCCCAGAUAAUCUUGAGGAAAGCAUGCGCAAGGCACAGGAAGAUGCAGAAGUGUUAAGAUCACUGGUAGUACCGCUUGAGCAUGAAAUAAAGGCUUUGAAAGAAAAAUUAAGAACAACGGAUGAUGAAUUACAAAAGUUUAAGGAAGGACAGAUGCAAAAGAAACAACAGGAAUCUGGAAACUGUCAAGAGGCCGCCUGCGACAUGUGCCGUAAUUAUGAGGCGCAACUUGUUAAAGUUCAAGAAAAUGUGAAAGAUUUAGAAAAACAAUUAAUUGAUUCAGAAAGAAUGUUAAAUGUACAGAAAGAAGAUUUAGCAAAAGAGGUAGAAUUUCGCAAUGAAAUGGAACUAAAAUGGAAUGAGAAAAAGGAAGAGCAUAAAAUCAAAGUAGCUGAGCUUACUGAUAUCUCACAAACAGCUCAUAAAACAUUAUUGGAAACAAAGAAAAGUUUCGAAUUUAUUCAACGAACCAUUACAGAGGAGCUGUCUAGAUUAACUCGUGAACGGGAGGAAGUUCAAAAACAUCUUCAUGCGCUGCAGAAACAAAAUGAGAAUCUUAUGGGAAAACAUAGUAAACACUCUCAUCAAUUACAAAGCGAAAGCAUUAAUAUGCCGAACAACGUCGAGGACUUACAUUUGAGUUUAUUAAAAACUCACGAAGAUUUGAUAAUGGCUAGGGUAGCUCAGGAGGUUGCAGAAGAAAAUGAAAAAACAUUAAGAUCGGAAGUUAAUCUUCUGAGAGAAGAAAUGAUGCGAGAAAGUGCUGCUAAAGAACAACAAGUUUCGAUGUUAAAAAAUGACAUAAGUGAAUUUAAGCUUCAGCUUGACAAAUAUGCAAGGGAGCAACGAACAUUUACAGAGAGAGAAGAAAAACUUGAUCAAUUAGAAAAACGAUUGGAAGAGGUAUCAAGGGAAAAAGAAAAAGCUGAAUCAGCUAUGACUGAAUUAAAACAGAGAGUUAUGAGUCUGCAGCAGGAAUUGGAUAACAGUGAAGUAGUUCAAAAAGAUUUUGUACGAUUGUCACAAUCGUUACAGGUGCAAUUAGAAAGAAUUAGACAAGCUGGAAGUGAAGUAAGAUGGCAACACGAAGAAGACGUUGACGAAUGUCCGACGUGUCAUGUUACUUUUACAGUUACAAAGAAAAAGAUGCACUGUCGUCAUUGCGGCCAUAUAUUUUGUCAGUCUUGUCUUUCGCACGUUGUGAAUAGUGGUCCUAAGCAAAGACCAUCAAGAGUCUGUGAUGUUUGUCAUACUUUGUUAGUGCAAGAUACUGCACCUUACUUUAGUAAAGAACCACCGCAUACGCCUGAUUAAGCAUACUUGGAUAUAGCAUUAAUUUUAAAAUUCACUUGGUUGUAUGAACGUGAGAUAUGAAGGAUCUAAUCCUUAUAUGAGAAUGGACUAGAUAGAAUAAAGCAUAAUUGAUUGGAAUGAUCUAUAACUAAUAAAAUGUAAA